AUGGGCUCGACAUUCGCGCACGCCUACUACAUCUCCAACUACAUCAAUGCCGUCCUGUUCGGUGUCGAGUUGGCGUUGUACUACAGCGUCGUGGCAGUCAUCUACCGCCUGGAUAGCCGGACACGGGCCGACAAGCUUCUUUUCGUCUUCUCCACCAUCCUCGUCCUUCUCAGCUGCAUGAUGUGGAUACCAAACGCGUAUUUUGGAGAGCUGAUGUUUGUGACCCAUCCCGAUUUCCCCGGGGGGGCCGACGCGUAUUGGAACACGUACCAGAGGGUUUGGGAGCAGAUAUGGAGCUCGAGUGCCUGGGUCGCAAGCAACCUUAUGAGCGAGGCCUUGCUGAUGUACCGCUGUUACAUCGUAUGGAACGACAAACGAGUCAUCAUCAUCCCCAUGAUCCUAUGGACGUGCUCUCUCGUGCUAGGCAUCGUGAUGAUGUACCAGUACGGCCGCCCGGGCGGGAGCUACUUCGACGGCAUCGCGGCGUCGUUCGUGAGCGCCUGGACGGCCUCGACGUUCGCGUUCAGCGUGAUCGUCACCGGCCUCAUCUGCUACCGCAUCAUCUCCGUCUGGCGGGUGCUGCGGCGGACGGGCGCGAGCGACCACUACAGCCGGAUGUGCACCGGCGCCGCGGCGAUCAUCGUCGAGAGCGCGCUCCCGUUCACGGUCUUCAGCCUGAUCUACCUCGUCACCUACGCGGUCCACACCCAGGUCGCGUACCUCUUCUCGUUCUACAUCAUGUUCACGUGCAUCUCCCCGCUCAUGAUCGCCCACCGCGUCUUCGCGCGCCGCGCCUGGACGCGCUCCUCCGCCACGCUCUGCACCGGCGAAUACGACCACAACUCCCACGACGACCUCUCGCCCGCCGCCGCGCGCCGCUCGAGCCGCAGCCCCGACGGACCUCCGUCCGCCGGCGCCAGGAUCCCGCACGCCGCGCGCGCGGCGCUCGGCCGCCCCCGCGCGACGUCCGACUCGUUCGAGCUCGGCGCGCUCGGGAAGGGGAAGGCGCCAGAGGUCGAUCAUUGGGAUUGGGGGCGACGGUCCCGGGAAGAGGAGGAGGCGGCGCGGGAGGAGCGGAGGGGGCGGUGGCGGCACGGCGGGCACCGGGCUUCGUUCGUUAUGCUCCGGGGCGGCGCCGCGCGGACGGAGGGCCGGACUAUGGAGAUCGAGGACCUUCCUGUGUGA